AUGUCUGGCAUCACCCUCAUCAACCAGGUCAAGGCCUCCAAGUUCUUGUCCGGCGUCCUCCAGCCCGUCGCCAACGCCUUCGUCAACGCUUCCGGCUACCGCAAGCUCGGUUUGCGUUACGACGAUGUCCUCCGUGAGGAGACCGACAUCAUCCGUGAAGCUGUCAACCGUCUCCCCGAUAACGAGGGUUACGAGCGCGUCUACCGCAUGAAGGUCGCCUUCCAGUACUCCCUCUCCCACACCAUCGCCACCAAGGAGAACGCCAUCAAGCCUGAGGAGGAUAUCCGUUACCUCACCCCCGUCAUCGAUGAGGUCGCUGUCGAGUUUGCUGAGAAGGAGGACUUCAACAACAUCAAGUCCUACUCCAAGUAA